AUGGAAACUAUUCAGAGACUGCAAUACUUACCAACAACAUCAUCAGUGGUACCUGUAUCAUCAUCACAGAAAGUAUCUCUAGGAGUGACUAAUGCAGUAUCAGAUACAGUAGCAGAAAAUGCAGCAGAAGUACCUAAAGAAGCAAUACUAACAGAAGUAGAAUCAACAGCAGCAUCAGAAGAACCACAUUCAGUAGCAGCAGAAGUAACUCCUCCAGCUUUAGAACCAGCUCCUACAGCAGUAACACCAUCUCCCUCACCAGCAGUAGCAGCACAAACUACUUCACCAGCAAUAGCAGAAGAAACACCAUCAGCAACAGCAGAAGCAACUCCUCCAGCAGUAGAACCAGUUCCUAUAGCAGCAGCACCAUCUCCCACACCAGCAGUAGCAGAACCAACUCCUUUACCAGUAAUAGCAGAAACAACUCCUCCACCAGCAGCAACUAAACCAACUUAA